UGCUCCGGCCUCCCGCUUCUGGACUCCUCGCUGCCUCGCCGCUGCCGCCGCUGUCGUCGCCAUGCUCUCCGUCCGCGUCCCGCUCGCCACCAUCGCCGAUCCUCAGCAGCUGCCGCUCUCGCCCCUCAAGCAACUCAGCCUGGCCGACAAGGAGAACACGCCCCCGAGCCUCAGCGGGACCCGCGUCCUAGCCAGCAAGACUGCGAGGAGGAUCUUCCAGGAGCCCGAAGAACUGCAGGAAAGUAAAGUCCUCGCCUCCAGCGUUGAGGAAGAACCAUUACUGCGAGAAAACCCCCGCCGCUUUGUUAUCUUUCCUAUCGAAUACCAUGAUAUCUGGCAGAUGUACAAGAAAGCAGAGGCCUCCUUCUGGACGGCGGAGGAGGUAGAUCUUUCCAAGGACAUUCAACACUGGGAAACCCUGAAACCUGAGGAAAGAUAUUUUAUAUCUCACGUUCUGGCUUUCUUUGCUGCCAGUGAUGGCAUAGUAAAUGAAAACUUGGUGGAGCGUUUUAGCCAAGAAGUUCAAAUUACAGAAGCCCGCUGUUUCUAUGGGUUCCAAAUUGCCAUGGAAAACAUACAUUCCGAGAUGUACAGUCUUCUUAUUGACACUUAUAUUAAAGAUUCCAAAGAAAGGGAAUUCCUCUUCAAUGCCAUUGAAACGAUGCCUUGUGUGAAGAAGAAGGCAGACUGGGCCUUGCGUUGGAUUGGAGACAAAGAGGCGACCUAUGGAGAACGUGUGGUAGCUUUUGCUGCUGUGGAAGGAAUCUUCUUUUCUGGUUCUUUUGCAUCAAUAUUCUGGCUCAAGAAACGGGGACUGAUGCCUGGCCUCACAUUUUCCAAUGAGCUUAUUAGUCGAGAUGAGGGUUUACACUGUGAUUUUGCCUGCCUGAUGUUCAAGCACCUGGUACACAAACCAUCGGAGCAGCGAGUCAAGGAAAUAAUCGUCAAUGCUGUUAGGAUAGAACAGGAGUUCCUCACAGAGGCCUUGCCGGUGAAGCUCAUUGGAAUGAAUUGCACUUUAAUGAAGCAGUACAUUGAAUUUGUGGCAGACAGGCUUAUGCUGGAACUGGGUUUUAACAAGAUUUUCAGAGUAGAGAACCCAUUUGACUUCAUGGAGAAUAUUUCACUGGAAGGGAAGACUAACUUCUUUGAGAAGAGAGUAGGAGAGUAUCAGAGGAUGGGAGUGAUGUCAAGCCCAACGGAGAAUUCUUUCACCUUGGACGCUGAUUUCUAAGUGAACAGAAUGAAGAUGGCCUCUGAAUUGCUGAGUUUUUCCCCCUUGUUAAGAAAAUUCAGCUAAAGUUAAUCCAGCUACACCAUGCAUUGUUAUGAAAAUUUAUUAACUGUAAAACCGUGUAGCUACCUCAAAACCAGUCCUGUUCACUAAAGCUAGUGGUGUCACCUAGAAAGAAAAUGUGUAUUUAAAACAAUAGCUCUUUGGAUUCUUAGAGAAGACUGUAUGUAUCCUUGUUGGCUUUUGCAAGCAUGUUGGUGGCCCAUGACUUUAUGCUGGUACUCACUGCCAGUCUGGGCUUUAACCUGAGGUGACUCAACAUCCACAAGAUUGAACACAUCGUCACUUCCACAGGCAAUUGAAGAGAUGCUAGCCUUCCUGCUUCAAAGCAGGCUUUAAAGUUUACUUAACUAGUUUUGUAAAUAAAACUGGCACUUUGCACAAAACAUUGUACUGUCAGGGGGAAAGCCUGAUUUAUUAUUACCUAUAUAUACCAAGUACCAUUUACCACUGGUGGCACCCAUUCAAAUUUUACUUAGUGACUUAAGCAGGUUAAUAUUGACCAAACAUAAUUUUUAAACUUUGUUUUCUUUAAUGAAUUUGAAAUGCUCUUUAGUUACCUUUUAAAGUCAGUGCUUAUCUAAAUCCCAGUCUGGUGGCAGUAGUAGAUGGAUGUGUUUUCCCCUGUAGCCUGGUACAGUGUCAUGGUAUCUCCUGUUUCAGCCAAGGUCUUUCAGCACAGGGACCUUGUAACUUUGAGUCACAAGGAACCGAGGGAUUCUCUGCACCAACUGGUGGCUCAGUCUUGAACUGAUGCAGUGUCAUUCUUUCUGUUUCUCAAGUUACACUUUACCUACUGUGUGGUUGGUAUGGAAAGAUUCCUGAACAAGCUUCAUAGGUAGCAGCUAAGAUUGUAUUUCAACUUUUCCAAUCAUCCUUGGACACAAGGAGCUGUCUCAGAUCUUGCUCCUGUGAGGUGUUAAGCCAGGACUGAAGUUGGCUCUCCUAAAAUUUUUUUCUCAUUUUUAUGUGCAAGUGGGUACUGUUGAGACUUGAUCCAUUUAUGUUAUGACAUGUCUCUUAAAUCUGAGGGGGUUUUUUGUGUGUGUGCUCUUAUUUUACCUGUUUAUACUUUGGGAGGAAAAGUUACCCAGUAUUAUUUUGAAGUUUGUAAAUGGUAAAGUUAUUAUAAAUUCUAAUAUUUGCCUAAGUGUAAGCAUCACCUGGUGAAUUUUUACUUUGUUCCUUUGAGACAGGGUCUUACUAUACAGCCUUGACUGGCCUGGUACUCACUAUGUGACCAGGCUGGCCUCAAAUUUGCCAGGAUGACAGGCAUGUGCCACUGUGCCCUGCCUCACCAGGUGGAUUCUUGAAUGUCAGUAGAUACCAAGUGCUGUGUGAACUAUGUUCCAUUCAAAUAUUAAUUUCAGAUGGAAGUAUAAGUAAAGUUAAUAAAGCUAGUUUGAAUUAAUCUGCUUUUAUGUUUGGGAAACAAGUGAGAAUGGUAUGAUGCCUAAUUUCUACAUACUGCAGCUCUGUCAGCUGAUCGGAUGUAUGGUCCAUUGGCUGCGACCACCAAUCUUCAUUUAUUGUAUAGUCAGUUUUUUCAAUACCUGUAAUAUGAGACCCUUUUAAAUUAUUGUUCCUAAAGUUAAUAAAUUCAGUUUAUAUGCUCUGAA